AUGGACACACAUUUUGAUGAUGACCCAUUCUUCACCACUCUAUUACAAAGUGGAGGAGGAGGUUAUAAUAGCACUCCAACGCAACAUGAUAAUGUUGUCCAAGCAACUUCAAUUGACGGUGAAAAGAGGCAUCUUUCAAAAAAAGUUCAACGAGGUGCGUCUUUCACUGUUAAAGAGAAUAACCUCCUCGUCUCAGCUUGGCUCAACAUUAGCAUCGAUGCGAUAAGGAGUACUGAUCAAAAGUCCACUCAAAUGUGGGAAAGAAUUACCACAUUUUAUCAUGAAUAUAAAAAACCGAACAUUGCCAACCGUUCUGAGGGCUCUUUGAUGAAUCGGUGGUCCACGAUUCAAAAAUUGACAAAUAAAUUUUGUGCAUAUAUAGCACAAGUAGAGUCAUUGCACCCAAGUGGUGCAACGGAGCAAGACAAGAUUGAGAAAGCGAAGGUGUUGUACAAAGAGAUAGUAGGGAGUAAUUUCACAAUGGAGCAUUGUUGGUGUCUUUUAAGACACCAACCGAAAUGGCAGCAACACAUCUCCACCCUUGGUAAGAAGAGAAUGUCACCUGAAAAAGUUCUCGGUGUUAUUGAUGUUGACCAUGCUGAGGAAAACAUAGAGGUUCUUGUUGAAAGACCUACAGGCAAAAAAGCUGAGAAAGAAAGGGAGAGGAAGCGGAAGUCCAUGGAAGGCAACGAUGGUGAGAUCAAAACUACCUUAGCUAAAAUGACUGAGGAUAGAGCGACGACCAUGGAAGAGCGUAGAAAUGCGACCCUGAAGGCAGACCUAGAAAGAUCGGCAGUGUUUGAACUAAAAAAGAAGAAAUUCGAGGCAAAGAUGAUGUUGCUAGAUCUUAGUAGCCUGAAUGCCGUUCAACAAGAAUAUUUUGGCUAUAUUCAACGGAAAAUUUUAGAGGAAUGGAGGAAGAAAAUCGAGGGUACAUCUACAUCUCCUUCGACACCUUAUGGAGGUGUCUAA